AUGGCACCGGCGGCCACCCGGGCCGUAAACUCCUCCAAUGUCGUGCCGAUGAGUAGUGCCGUAGUGUUGAGCGAACCGGCGCAGGCACAGUUCAUGGCAGAUCUUUUGUUCAUCCAGCUGCUUGGUCGAGACCCUCGUGCCGCUUCGCUUGGGAUCACCUUUGGCAACCUGGCCAGCACCAUCGAAGACUUCACCACCUUAUUCUUUGGGCCGGAUAUCCAACCCCGCCUGCGUCUGUCUUACUUCCUGUUCGCCGAGCCGUCAACCGAGUUCGAGGUGAUCUGCCCCAUCUAUGGCGGCAUGGAUAUCAAGCUCAGCAGCUGCAGCAUGGUCAAACCAGCUGUGUUCGCUUUGGCCGGCAUCGACUUCAAGGAGUACUCCGGAUUCAGCCACGCGGCCGGCAGGGCAAUGGGCAUCAGGGGCACCCUGGACGGAGAGUCUAGCAACAUCACCAAUGCCGGCACCACGUCACCACGGUGCUGCUUGAGGCAGCCUACUUCACCCGAUGGCCAUAGCCGGACUGGAAAACGGCUGAUGUUGGGCAGCAAAGCCUGGGACCGUUUCGAGUGGGGGAUCUAUUCUGAGAUUGCCCUGGUCACUGUCAACAUCUUCGUCCACCUAGUUGGCCAGACAGCCGAGGCAGUGCGAGCUGCUGGGGCGGGGUGGCUGGCUCCGAACCGAGGCACCGGCCGCCGCCGAGAUCUGGUUGGGCUUGAAGAGGCCUGGACCACAACCUUCCUGGCACCAGGUGACCUCAAGCGCGCUAGCCUGGAUCUGGCCGCGGUCGAGGUGGAGAAUCCGCUAGACUGCUCCAAGUCGUCCUGCGGACGUCGUAGCUGCCUAGGCUGCUCAAAGCGGUCCGCGUUAACGUGGACCAUCAAGAGCACAACCUCGCGCAUCAUAGCCCAACACAUUCCCAGUAUGCACCAAACCUACGCAGCGUCUAUCAUCAAAGCCAGCGGCGCCACGCUUGGAUUGGUUGCCAAGGUUGACUAUGAGAUGGUGGCGGCGUAUAGCUAG